CAGAAUCAUCCUAUUUGUAAGAUGACGUCCUACGAUGAGAAGAAGACCCUGCCCCCUGUCGAGGCGCUGCCGGGAGGAGUCUUUCCUCAUGAGAUCGCUGCCAUCAAGAAGAAGGCCCGUGGAGAAAACGCGAGUCGUCUGAAGAUCGGCAUUGCCGUCGGCAGCGUGGUUCUGGUGAUACUUGCAGUGGUGGGGGGAACACUGCUGGGUCUCCACCUCAACCGGAAACCCAACGUAGUGGUGCGCUCCGUGCAGCUGGCCAUAGAGGAUGAGAUCAUGGAAGAGACCGUAGAAGUGGACAAGGAGAAGGACACCGAGACUUUCCGUACGGUCAGCUCUACCGGGACUUCCUUCGUCUUCAGGGAUAUGCAGAAGAGUCUCUCGGCCUACAGGUUUGAUGGGGAUGAAAAGUGCUACAUUCUUGACGAAAGCCUGGAGGAGUCCAAGGACACUACGGAACUGUUGGAGGACUUGGAAAAGAUGGAAGAGGGAGAAGUUGAUGUCGCCGAACGUCAACCAGAGACGUUCUUAUCUGUCGAUGAAGAGCUAGGCCAUACAGAGCGGUCUGUGCUGAGUGAGAGCAUGCUGGAGUUCUGCAAAGGUCUGAAGACCCACUGGGCCGUCAAGUCUUCCACUGAGACUUCCCCCACCCCAGGGGCGACUGUGGAGGAGGAUGAAGCUGAAGCUGACGCAGAGAUGGAGGUUGAAGUUUUCUCUGGAACCAACGGAACGAGUGCUGUGCAGCAGCGUGAGAAACGCGUGGUCGGGACCCUUGUCUGCUUAUGGGUGACCCACAACGUCUGCAGCCAUACCUGCAGGAACGUGUGCGGGAAGCGUCGCCGCCGGGCCCUGUUGGAUGGCGAGCCGGACCAGGAGGUGAAGAAGCGCGCCAAGCGCGGGUGGUUGUUCGACUUCCGCCGUGUGGUGAGGACGGUGGGGAGGGUGGUAAGGAGGGUGGUGACCGUCGUCUGCAGGGCUGUCUGCAACUUUGGCUGUCAAGUUGUUCGCGUCAAGGUCUGCUCCUGGGUCGGCUAGGGUGGCCAUGCAUUGUCAACUAAUACACUGGCAACAGGAAAACCUAGUUUGUCCUGACCUGAAGAUUUGAGUCUAAAAUAUGUGGUGUCAACUACGUUGUACAUUAAAAUUUUGCUUUAGUCUUGGUUUUGGAUACGGAUGUUGUUAUUAUCUACUAAAAGUUGCCCACAAGAUUGUUGACAUUAUUAAUCUCCUGUAGAGCACGUGAACAAACAAAUGAAUAAGGUGUAGCUCAAAUCGUUCUGCGACAAUGUGGAGCUACAGGCUUUUAGAUAAACUUUCUUAGAACAGGCAAGUUUUAUAGUGGUUCCUACGUAGUUCCUACAAUACUGUAGUCGACCUCUUUGUGGCUCUUCAGAUAUCUGAGAUUGCAGAAGUUAAGUUGAUAAUGCAAGGGACACUUGCAAUCAACAUCAUAUCAAAACAAGCAAAAAGCAAUUAUCACUCACUCGAUCACUCACUCUCCUAAUUGAUCCCUUGGACUUUUUGUCUUGUUUGGUUUGAAUAAACUGGUAUA